AUGGCCAAGGGCACAAGCGCCAUCGACCCGAGCAACUAUGCUUCGCUCGGGCUCACCCACGUCCAGUACGAUGCUUCGGACCCUCUCGCAAAGAUCCUCGCCCUCGUAACGCUCUCACCGAUCUUCCUCCUCUGCUCCUACGUCACCAUCAUCCUGCUGCGUCGCGAGCUCACCUUCAUCAACGCGCUCAUCGGACAGCUCGCAUGCGAGGGUUUCAACUGGGCGCUCAAGCGUCUCUUCAAACAGCCCCGGCCAACCAACCAUCUCGGAGGAGGAUACGGCAUGCCAUCCUCCCACUCCCAAUUCCUCGGAUUCUUCGCCGCAUUCUUUCUCGCCCACUUCUACCUCAAUCGUCCGCCCAGCCUCAGGCCGCGCACCCUCAUCAACUCGAUGCGCAGAUUCGAACACCAUCUGGCCAUGCUCCUCAUCGCUGCCAUCUCCAUCCUGACCUGCUACUCGAGGCAUCAUCUACACUAUCACACCCCGCUCCAAAUCAUCGUCGGGCUUUCCAUCGGGCUCACUUUUGGCGCAGCCUACUACUACUUUACCGAACAUCUGCCUAGAAAGCCACUCCGCCUGCCUGCGCCCCUUGCAGUCUCGGAGUCGUCGUCGCCGCUCGCCAUUCGCGCAAACCGACUCCUACAGCCCAUCUCGACUUCGCGUGCAAGCGCUACCGCCAACGCAACCGCUCGCCAUCGCAAACCGCGCAGGCGCUCCUCCACGCUCAGCGACAUCCUCUUGCCCGAGCUCCAUCCUUCGCCCCCCAUUCGUCAGAUCCUGCUCGACCAUCCCAUCGCCAUCGCUUUCCGCAUCAGGGACAGCUGGGCCGUGUGGACCGACGGCGGCAUCGAGGGAGAAUACGGCGCGUGGCGACGCGAGUGGGAGGCGCGAAGAGCGUCCGUCCCUACCUCCUCCUCCUCUUCAGCCGCCCAUCACGACCAAAACGACGUCGGCAGAUUGCAGCGACACUACGUCCUCAUGAAGCUAGCCCUGGACGAGGCAGACAAGUCCCCACCCACCGACACUGCCUUUUGCGUAGGCUGCGUCCUUUCUGUCACGAGCGAUGACUCGGCUCCCGCAUCCUCGCAUGUCCUCGCCACCGGAUUCUCCAGAGAGCUCCCCGGAAACACCCACGCCGAACAGUGUGCACUCGACAAGCUCGUCGCCGACUUUGCGCCCACACAGUCCUCAAAGGGCACAACACGCAUCCCCACGCUGGAUCUGGACCUGUACACCACAAUGGAGCCAUGCUCGGAGCGCCUGUCGGGCAACCUUCCGUGCGUGCAGCGCAUCAUCGAGUUUAACCAAAAGCGCGCCGCGUUCACCCUUCCUCGCGACAUGCUCCCGCCUGCCUUGCAGGACGAGGUCUCGAAUGCAAAGGGCCAGGUGAGGCUCCGCAUCCGCAGAGUCUUCCAGGGCGUCGCCGAGCCAGACGACUUUGUCCAAUGCCAGAGCCAGACCAUCCUCCGCGACAACGACAUCCAGGUCUUCACCGUCCGAAACCCACAGAACGACGGCGGUCAGCUAGAGAAGGACUGUCUGCGCAUCGCCAGAAAGGGACAUGCGCCCAAGAACUGA